ACCUUCUUUGUUACAUUUAAUUCGGAAUACCUACUCUCUGCCAAUGACAUUUUGAUGAUCACUAGAGGGAACUAAGUCCCAAAUACCCUGUCUCACCAAGGCAUUAAACUCAUCAGACAUAGCUUUAUGCCACUGGGGAUGCUUCAAGGCUUUGGGUCUAAAGAUAUUGUUCUGAGACCUAGUGAUCAUGCCAUGGGUGCGUGGGGGACAAGAGGUUGGUGUGGGGUUGGAGGUGAGUCGACAGUGGAGUCGAAAGGGGGAGAAAUAAAGGUGGCAUGGGUGGGCAUAAGCGAUGAGCUUGCACUAGGAGAUGAGGGCAAAGUGGAAGGAGGCUGAGGAGACACGAAGUUUGUGUUAGGCUUGGAGUUUGGAGAUGGCUGGGCAAUUGACCUAAAGGGAGGAUAAUGUUGGAUUUGUGAGAGUGUGGAGUUGUGGGCAGGUAAUAGAAUGGGUGAAGAGGUAAGGUCAUGGGCCAAGGGAGAAAUAGAGGAAGAGUUAAGGGAGCAUACUU